GAACUUAUAGGCAAAAAAGUGCCUUUCAGAACUUCAAUGGAUCCAUACAGACCAUCAUCCAACCAAAGUACUUCAGAUGUCUGCGUUGUGUGCGGAGACAAAGCCAUUGGCAAGCAUUACGGUGCUGUGGCCUGCAAUGGCUGUAAAGGCUUCUUCAGAAGAAGUGUCUUCCAAAAUCUACAAUACACUUGCCGUUUUGAUAAGAGCUGUCACAUCGAUAAAGACCAUAGAAACGCUUGUCGAUUUUGUCGCUUCCAAAAAUGCCUAACCGAUGGAAUGCGACCUGAGGCAAUACAAAAUGAAAGGGACCGAAUCGGAGCUGCUAAGUAUAGGAAGCGUCUCCCACUCCGGCCCUCUGCCGAGAAUACAAAGCCGGAGGAUGUAUCAACUCCUGCAACCGACACGAGUGCCUCACGCCGUCUCUUGCAAAUGCUUGUCUUCAUCGAGCAGAGGGUAGCAAACAGCCAGACCAUUAACAAGCUGCUUCGUGACGACAAUGAUAGCAAGAACACUCGUCAGCAAACGAUGAUCAACAUCACCGAAUGGGCUAGUAUGCUUCAUCCCCUCCCGGAGAUUCCCUUCAGUGACAAGAUGCUCUUACUCAGACAGUUCUUCCCGUCUUUCUCUCUGCUCAAUACAGUGCAAAAAAGCGUGCACCUCCCAUACCUCCUACUUCCAAAUGAUCAAAUCCUCGGCAUGACUCCAUCAUCUACUUCCUCACUUACUGCAAUUCACUCUCGCAUACAAGAAGAACUGAUUGUUCCGCUGCGAAGACUAGGAGCUGAUGAAACCGAAUUUGGUUUUCUGAAGGCUUUGGUGUUGCUGAACGGUGACGUAGCGGCAUUAUCAGAGCAGUCUAAAGAUAAGCUAAGAGAAGCGAGAGAUGCACUGCUGAAAGCCCUUUUCGGUUUUUACAGCGAGACGUGUUCAGCUCUAGAUGCGUCAUUUAGAGUUUCUUGCCUUCUGCUGAUAAUACCCUCGCUGCUGUCAAUCGCUCACAGCAUUGUUGACACUCCAUCAGUGGCUGAACUUUUUGGUAUCAGUGAAGUUGGACAGAAACAAAAGGAUGAAUCAAGAAAUAUAGCCCGAAGUGCAGAGAAAGCGAAUCAGGUGCUGGCCCCACUGAUCACCGAGGCGUAUUUUACUCAUCAAACUCUACUACCUCAGCAAGGCGACGUGCUUUCGCGGUGCAACACGUCGCCGACGUUCACUGUGCCGGUGUUCAUCAACACCAGCAUUCCUAUGAACAUGCACGACUCGUCCACAAACCAAAUACCAACGAAAGUUUUCCUCGCUUAAGUCUGUGUACUACUGUCUAAUUACUGCUCAGCAUUACUACUCUGAUAUUGAAUGUUACGUGUACUCUGAUUACCUAGCAAAUGCGUUUUUGAAUGUAUUUGCGCAGUUUUUGGUCCUGCUCAUUGUGUAUGAAUUAUAUAAAGUGACCUAUACAUGCAUGUCGAUGAC